AUCUUUGCAUCCAUCCCCAGACAGACUCUCCCUAACUACAAGAACCCGUGUUGGUUUGAGGAGGUCCCGGAAACAGAGCUGGACUCCAAUCCGUACAGAAACACGCACUACUACUCCAGCAUCAGGACCAGGCUCAACCUGCUGGCCAGGCAGUUCCGGGACAGGCUCACCGACAACGGAAAGGCUCAUCUCCGCUUCAGGUGUGUGCCGUACUUCUAUAUCAUCGGCAUGCCCAAGUGUGGAACCACCGAUCUGUACUACCGCCUCACCAAGCACCCGGAUGUUAUCGGUGGUCUGGUGAAAGAACCCCAUUGGUGGACCAGGAGGCGCUUCGGCGGACGGAUAGGGUUCCACAGUAACCUGUCAUCCCCUAUCAGAGACUACCUGGAUCUGUUCGACGAAGCUGCGUGGACUAUCAGGACCAGGAUCAGGAACCGCUUGUUUUUGGCAAGACAAGAGGUUGUCCAACAUAACGUCAUCACAGGGGAGGGCAGUGCCUCCACCAUGUGGGACAACAGACGGUGGAGACGGGAGCUGUGGAACACCUCCAACAACGAGCCGCCCAUCCUGGUGGCCAACCUGCUGCGGGCCGUGCAGCCUCACGCCAGGUUCAUCCUCACACUCAGGAACCCCACAGAAAGACUAUACUCGGAGUAUCUCUACUUCACAUCUGGGAACAAGUCCGUGGAGGAUUUCCACAGGAGGGUCAGCCUGGCCAUCGAUAUCUUCAACAGCUGCCUCAAGAACUCUUCUGUCCGGGCCUGCACUUACGAGCCCACUCUUCCUGUCAUACCAAACGUCAGACUGCAGCUGGGACUGUACGAAGUCUACCUACGCGACUGGUUCUCCAUUUUCCCCCUGGACCAGAUCCUGGUACUGCGUCUGGAGGAUCACUCCAAGGAUCCGCAAACUACAAUGAUAAAAAUAUUCAGGUUUCUACAGCUUGAAACUGUCAAGGAAGGCGGUGAUACAGAAGCCAUCUUCGGUUUCAACAAAAGAAAUUCUCGAAAAAAGAACGACCUCCGCUUGGGCCCGAUGCUGCCGAAGACGCGGCGAAUUCUGGACGACUUUUAUGGACCACACAAUCAUCGACUUGCGUCGUUGUUAGACGAUGAGAGAUUCCUCUGGCUAAAGGAUAGAUCUGUCUGAGAUUUCCUUUGUAACCAAUCCGUGCAUAUGAACUUUUUUUUAAGUACCCCCUUCCCAUUUGAUUAUUGACAAUCAAUACAGAAAGAUGAACGGACGCCACUGUUUACACGUCUUCCAAAACGUGCCUUCAGAAAGUUUCCAUAUGGAGCAUUUUCCCUACUGUCUGUGUCACUUACAAGUUCCGCAUGUGCCUGACACUGCACUGUAGGAUAUCAUCAUAUUGGUGGAUUUCAUCCGUACUGUGUACGACUCACAUGUGCAUAUAUUUUCAUCACACUUCGUAAUUCACGUUUGAUUGUUUAUUUGCACCGUGCAGAGAGCUUGUAAUACUCAUGACGGUUGUCUACGAUUUAAUUCAAAUGUGUAUGAAUAUUGGCGCCUCCAUUGAUUCCUAAUAUUUAGAGCAUCAUACCGGGAACAGCAAUAAUCACACGGUUCUCGACAUUUGCUAUUUGAACUUUUUUCGUAUGGCUGACAAUGUGCAAAUAAAUCAUUACUAGACUU